GGGGGUGAGAGGAAAGAAGACCCAGUCCUGGGCGCUCUGCUCCGGAGGUGACCACCAGGGAGGGGGUGAGGCUUCAGGGCUGCGGGUUUCAUGCUGCGUCUGUAGCCAAACAGUGGCAGAGAGUUGGAGUCUUUGAUGCCUGUUCUCCCAGUCCCUCAGAGUUGAAACAGAAAGCCUCCUACUUGAGGUCCAGAACGUGAUCAGUCCUUCGGAGCAGGGACCUCCUUGUAAGUGGAGCAUGGCUGGGAGAUGCAGUGUAAGCUCUAUUUGAAAGGGUAAAAUGCACUUUCCCUGCUGUGUGAGCUGCCAAACAGCUGUUAGAAAAGAGGAGGAGGUGACCAGGGUUACAAAUUAACCCUAGCUUGCUUGCAAAGGACAGCCAGCCAAAUGUAUGUAAGCUAAGAAGAAAGCCCCAAGCUGUAAAGCUGUCACAGUGUGGAGACAGAUGAUUCAGAUUCUGGGGACUUUUGAUUUGUUUGUCAUCAUGCAGUUAACCAGGUGUUGAGGGAGAGCUGAGAGGAUGAAGGCUCUAAGUCCCCAGUGGAAGCAUGAUAUGGCGGCGCAGAGCUGGUGCUGAAUUGUCCUCUCUGAUGGCUCUAUGGGAGUGGAUAGUACUGAGUCUUCAUUGCUGGGUUUUAGCGGUUACUGCUGUCUCUGACCAGCAUGCCACAAGCCCCUUCGACUGGCUCCUCUCUGAUAAGGGACCCUUCCAUCGCUCACAGGAGUACACAGAUUUUGUGGACAGAAGCCGACAGGGAUUUAGCACAAGAUACAAGAUAUACAGGGAGUUUGGCCGUUGGAAGGUAAAUAACCUUGCAGUUGAGAGAAGAAAUUUCCUGGGCUCUCCUCUGCCUCUUGCCCCUGAAUUCUUCCGGAACAUAAGGCUUUUGGGACGGCGACCUACACUUCAGCAAAUCACAGAAAACCUUAUCAAGAAAUAUGGGACUCAUUUCUUGCUAUCUGCUACUCUGGGAGGAGAGGAGUCACUCACAAUUUUUGUGGACAAGCGGAAGCUGAGCAAAAGAUCUGAAGGAAGUGACACAAGCACCAAUAGUUCGUCUGUCACCCUGGAGACCCUACAUCAGUUGGCUGCUUCCUAUUUCAUUGACAGGGACAGCACUCUUCGCAGACUCCACCAUAUCCAAAUUGCAUCCACUGCCAUCAAGGUGACAGAAACACGGACCGGUCCUCUUGGCUGCAGUAACUAUGACAACCUAGAUUCUGUCAGCUCUGUUCUGGUUCAAAGUCCUGAGAAUAAAAUUCAGUUGCAAGGGCUUCAAGUUCUCCUUCCCGACUACCUUCAGGAACGUUUUGUGCAGGCCGCGUUGAGCUACAUUGCUUGCAAUUCAGAGGGGGAGUUUAUCUGCAAAGAUAAUGACUGCUGGUGCCACUGUGGCCCAAAAUUCCCAGAAUGCAACUGCCCCUCCAUGGACAUUCAAGCCAUGGAAGAAAAUCUUCUUCGAAUAACAGAAACAUGGAAAACCUACAACAGCGACUUUGAAGAUUCAGAUGAAUUCAAGUUCUUCAUGAAAAGACUACCCAUGAAUUAUUUCCUCAACACAUCAACCAUAAUGCACUUAUGGACAAUGGAUUCUAAUUUCCAGCGCCGCUAUGAACAACUGGAAAACAGCAUGAAGCAGCUUUUCCUGAAGGCACAAAGAAUUGUACACAAGCUCUUUAGCCUUAGCAAACGGUGCCACAAACAGCCCCUCAUCAGCCUGCCGAGACAGAGAACCUCAACGUACUGGCUCACUCGCAUCCAGUCUUUUCUCUACUGCAAUGAGAACGGCCUCCUGGGCAGCUUCUCUGAGGAGACGCACUCCUGCACCUGUCCCAACGACCAGGUAGUGUGCACAGCCUUUCUGCCCUGCACUGUGGGCGAUGCCUCUGCCUGCCUGACCUGUGCACCUGACAACCGUACCCGCUGCGGCACCUGCAACACAGGCUACAUGCUGAGCCAGGGACUCUGCAAGCCUGAAGUCGCCGAGUCAACUGAUCACUACAUUGGCUUUGAGACUGACCUGCAAGACCUAGAGAUGAAAUACCUGUUGCAGAAAACCGACCGACGAAUAGAAGUCCAUGCCAUCUUUAUCAGCAAUGACAUGCGCCUCAAUAGCUGGUUUGAUCCUUCCUGGAGAAAGCGGAUGCUCCUGACUUUGAAGAGUAACAAGUACAAGUCCAGUCUGGUUCACAUGAUCUUGGGUCUCUCUUUACAGAUUUGCUUAACUAAAAAUAGCACGUUGGAGCCGGUGCUGGCGGUUUACAUCAAUCCCUUCGGAGGCAGCCAUUCCGAGAGCUGGUUUAUGCCUGUGAGUGAAAGCAGCUUUCCAGACUGGGAGCGGACUAAGCUGGACCUCCCACUACAGUGCUAUAAUUGGACACUGACUCUGGGAAACAAAUGGAAGACAUUUUUUGAGACAGUACACAUCUACCUGAGGAGUCGCAUCAAGGCGAAUGGCCCCAACAGCAACGAGAGCAUUUACUAUGAGCCUUUGGAGUUUAUUGACCCAUCCCGGAACCUGGGCUACAUGAAAAUCAACAACAUCCAAGUGUUUGGAUACAGCAUGCACUUUGACCCUGAAGCUAUCCGGGACCUGAUUUUGCAGCUGGACUACCCCUACACUCAGGGAUCCCAGGACUCGGCACUUUUGCAGCUACUAGAGAUAAGAGACCGUGUAAAUAAACUCUCCCCACCUGGUCAGCGCCGUCUAGAUCUUUUCUCUUGCUUGCUUCGUCAUAGACUAAAGCUGUCUACUAGUGAGGUGGUGAGAAUUCAAUCUGCUCUGCAGGCAUUUAAUGCCAAAUUACCAAACACAGUGGAUUAUGACACAACCAAAUUAUGUAGUUAACCGUAUGUCAAGCACAACCCAAAACCUUGAAGGAGUUUUUACAGUGCUUUUGUGGAACAGUUUAUGUUUGGAAAAGUAAAUUUAAAUUGUCUUUUCAAUAUCUGUCUUAUAUCAGUCAAUAACGUUGGAUGGCAAUUUACACACAUGAACUUGCUGACAAUGAAUAUAUUAUACUACAGUUUUGGUUUAUGAAUGAAAUAAAUACUGACACCAGUCUAGAAGACAUUCUACUUUUUACAAUAAAUUUCAUUUGUAAUUUUA